AUGGAUGAUCUCCCUUUAACUUUCAUGGAUUCACAAGUAAAUUCGAGUUUCAUCUCAGAUUUCUCUUCUUUUAUAAAUGAGAUGAGUGAUGAUACAAAUAAUUUUACGACUGAUCAGAUAUUUUCAACACGAGAUGAGUUGAUUCAGUGGGUUCGAGGGAUAACAUUUCAUCUUGGUUUUGUUAUUGUCACUAUCAGAUCUGACAAAGCUAUUGGUCAACCUGGGAGGAAAACGUAUGUAUUGUUAGGCUGUGAAAGGGGUGGUAAGUAUAGGAAGUAUAAAUCUGAUGUUCAACCUAGUGUCUCUGGCACAAGAAAAUGUGAUUGUCCAUUUAAACUCAAAGGCAAACCAAUUAGUAAUGGAGAUGAUUGGAUGUUGAAGGUAAUGUGUGGAUAUCAUAACCAUGAUGUGUCUCAUACACUAGUUGGUCACCCAUUUGCUGGGAGGUUAAAAUCUUCUGAACAAUCCUUGCUUGUUGACAUGUCUAAGAGUCAAGUCAAGCCAGCAAAUAUUCUACUCACUCUGAAAGAAAAUAGUGAGUGUAAUGUCACAACGAUAAAGCAAAUUUAUAAUGCAAGAUACACUUAUAAACCACUUAUAAACGAUCGUUGA